CGCGAUGGCGGGGGCAGCGGGACUCAUGACCGAAGUGAGCUGGAAGGUCUUGGAGCGAAGGGCUCGGGUCAAGCGCUCAGGCUCAAUUUAUGAACCUCUUAAAAGCAUUAAUCUUCCAAGACCUGAUAAUGAAACUCUGUGGGAUAAAUUGGAUCAUUAUUACAGAAUUGCCAAGUCAACAUUGCUCCUGUACCAAAGCCCAACCACAGGUCUGUUUCCCACUAAAACAUGCGGCGGGGAUCAGAAGGCCAAGAUCCAGGACAGCUUAUACUGCGCUGCUGGGGCCUGGGCUUUGGCUCUUGCAUACAGGCGCAUCGAUGAUGACAAGGGAAGAACCCAUGAGCUGGAGCACUCAGCUAUAAAGUGUAUGAGAGGAAUUCUCUACUGCUAUAUGCGGCAGGCCGAUAAGGUCCAGCAGUUUAAGCAGGAUCCGCGCCCAACAACAUGUCUUCACUCUGUUUUCAAUGUACAUACAGGAGAUGAGAUGCUCUCCUAUGAGGAAUAUGGUCAUCUUCAGGUAAAAAGAGAAUACAAAUUUCUUCUCUUUAUACUGUGUAUUGUGGAAGUCUCUUUUAUUCAAAACCUUGUAUUUUGUGUAGAAAGGGUUUACCGUGUUCCCGACUUUGGUGUCUGGGAAAGAGGAAGCAAAUAUAAUAAUGGCAGCACAGAGCUACAUUCAAGUUCUGUUGGCUUAGCAAAAGCAGCUCUAGAAGCGAUUAAUGGAUUCAACCUCUUUGGCAACCAGGGCUGUUCUUGGUCAGUUAUAUUUGUGGAUCUCGACGCUCACAACCGCAACAGGCAAACUUUGUGCUCCCUGUUACCCAGAGAAUCAAGAUCGCAUAACACAGACGCUGCCCUUCUUCCCUGCAUCAGUUAUCCUGCAUUUGCCCUGGAUGAUGAAGUUCUGUUUAGCCAGACACUUGAUAAAGUGGUUAGAAAAUUAAAAGGAAAAUAUGGAUUUAAGCGUUUCUUGAGAGAUGGAUAUAGAACAUCAUUGGAAGAUCCCAGUAGACGCUACUACAAACCAGCUGAAAUUAAGCUAUUUGAUGGCAUUGAAUGUGAAUUUCCCAUCUUUUUCCUUUACAUGAUGAUUGAUGGAGUUUUUAGAGGCAAUCCCACUCAAGUGAAGGAGUAUCAGGACCUUUUGACUCCAGUACUGCAUCAGACCACAGAAGGAUAUCCUGUCAUACCAAAAUACUAUUAUGUGCCAGCUGACUUUGUAGAAUAUGAAAAAAAGAACCCUGGUAGUCAAAAGAGAUUUCCUAGCAACUGUGGCCGUGAUGGAAAACUAUUUCUUUGGGGGCAAGCCCUUUAUAUCAUCGCAAAACUGCUGGCUGAUGAAUUAAUCAGUCCUAAAGACAUUGAUCCUGUCCAGCGCUAUGUCCCACUACAGAAUCAACGUAAUGUGAGCAUGAGGUUUUCCAAUCAGGGCCCACUGGAGAAUGAUUUGGUAGUCCACGUAGCACUUGUAGCAGAAAGCCAACGCCUUCAAGUUUUUCUCAACACAUAUGGCAUUCAGACUCAGACUCCUCAGCAAGUGGAGCCCAUUCAGAUAUGGGCUCAGCAGGAGCUUGUGAAAGCUUAUUUUCACCUGGGUAUCAAUGAAAAGUUAGGACUCUCUGGAAGACCAGAUAGGCCCAUUGGCUGCCUUGGUACAUCAAAGAUUUAUCGCAUUCUAGGAAAGACUGUGGUUUGUUACCCUAUUAUCUUCGACCUCAGUGAUUUCUACAUGUCUCAAGAUGUUUUGCUGCUGAUAGACGACAUAAAGAAUGCGCUUCAGUUCAUUAAGCAAUAUUGGAAAAUGCAUGGACGUCCACUUUUCCUUGUUCUCAUCCGGGAAGACAAUAUAAGAGGUAGCCGGUUCAAUCCCAUAUUAGAUAUGCUGGCAGCCUUUAAAAACGGGAUAAUUGGAGGAGUUAAAGUUCAUGUUGAUCGUCUACAGACGCUAAUAUCUGGAGCUGUAGUAGAACAGCUUGACUUCCUACGAAUCAGUGAGACGGAAGAGCUUCCAGAAUUUAAGAGUUUUGAGGAGCUAGAACUUCCCAAACAUUCAAAAGUCAAACGUCAAAGCAGCACCCCUAAUGCUCCUAAGCUGGAACAGCAACCAGAGAUCAACAUUACUGAGUGGAAAAACAAACCCACCCAUGAAAUUCUUCAAAAGCUGAAUGACUGCAGCUGUCUUGCGAGCCAAGCUGUCCUGCUGGGGAUACUGCUCAAAAGAGAAGGCCCCAACUUCAUCACAAAGGAAGGUACCGUUUCUGAUCACAUUGAGAGAGUCUAUAGAAGAGCUGGCAGCAAAAAACUUUGGUCGGUUGUACGCCGUGCAGCAAGUCUUUUAAGUAAAGUAGUGGACAGCCUGGCCCCAUCCAUUACUAAUGUUUUAGUGCAGGGCAAACAGGUAACUCUGGGUGCCUUCGGCCAUGAAGAAGAGGUUAUCUCUAACCCUUUGUCUCCGGGUGUGAUUAAGAACAUCAUUUACUAUAAGUGCAACACCCACGAUGAGAGAGAAGCGGUCAUCCAGCAGGAACUGGUCAUCCACAUUGGCUGGAUCAUCUCCAACAACCCCGAGUUAUUCAGGGGCAUGCUGAAAAUACGGAUCGGGUGGAUCAUCCAUGCUAUGGAGUAUGAACUACAGAUCCGCAGUGGAAACAAGCCAACCAUGGACUUGUACCAGUUGUCACCUAGCGAAGUUAAGCAGCUUCUGUUGGAUAUCCUCCAGCCUCAACAGAAUGGCAGAUGUUGGCUGAACAGGCGUCAGAUCGAUGGGUCUUUGAAUAGAACCCCCCCGGGGUUCUAUGACCGAGUGUGGCAGAUCCUGGAGCGCACACCCAAUGGCAUCGUGGUGGCUGGGAAGCAUCUGCCACAGCAACCAACCCUGUCAGAUAUGACCAUGUAUGAGAUGAAUUUCUCUCUCCUUGUUGAAGACACAUUGGGAAAUAUUGACCAGCCAAAGUACAGACAGAUCGUCGUGGAGUUACUAAUGGUUGUAUCCAUCGUACUGGAAAGAAACCCUGAGCUGGAAUUUCAAGACAAAGUAGAUCUAGACAGACUGGUGAAAGACGCAUUUCAUGAAUUUCAAAAAGAUGAGAGUCGGCCAAAGGAAAUUGAAAAACAAGAUGACAUGACUUCCUUUUACAAUACUCCCCCACUGGGAAAAAGAGGAACAUGCAGCUAUUUGACAAAGGUUGUGAUGAAUUUGCUGUUGGAAGGAGAAGUCAAGCCAAGCAACGAUGACCCAUGUCUGGUUAGCUAGCGAGGAAGGUGUAGGAGGCUCUGUGGAGACACAUGUUCUGGAAGUGUGUUAUGUUUUGCGUUGAAGCUUAAUCAAGGCAGCCAUUCAUACAUGAACUGAUCAUGCUGGUUAGGUGACUGCCACACCCUUAGCAGAGUUAUUGGACCUCUUGCAUGACAUAGCCAAUCUAAUGGUAAUGGUAAAUGCUUUUAAUCAAGUGAAAAAAAGUUCCUGUGAGGAUGCCAACUACAAUAAUAAUCUUCACUGAAUGACAGAAAUAGUUUAUGAAUUGAAAAUUUACCGAUGCAUGUUUUAUGACGAAAUAGCUCAUCAAAAUGAAUCUUUGCUCUUUGGACUCUGAAUUCUUACCUUACUGCCAUUAAAAUGAAUUUGCCAACAAGUAAUGCAUACUAGGAAUCAAAAGGUAUUGAAAGAAUGGUAAACAUUUUUUAGUGGCAUUGUCAUGCUGGAAGAAGAUGUUAAUAUACAUCAUAAAAGCAAAAUCAGCCAGCUGAUACUUUGAUUCUCAGAAACUGCAUUAUUAAUAAUAUUUUAGUUACAGAGCUGUUGUACAAUUUUUACCUUGUAAACAUGACUAUGGCUUUGUAUUUAUGCUAACUAUAGGGGUUGAACUAUAAUAUAAUAAAUCUGUACCUUAUCAAACA